AUGGCUGUCGAUUCGGACCUCUCUCGGAUCACGACAACCGUCGUGCCACUAGCAGCAAACCCAAAUGCUACACAGGUGAUUUAUACCAACAUUGUGUUGGUGACACUCGUCACAGUAUGGACGGGGCUGCGUCUGUACUCGCGAAAGAUGCGCCGGGUUCCAUUUGGAGUUGACGACAGCUUGUACAUGGUAGCGCUGAUACUGUUCUACGCCUUUGUAGUCCUGCAUUUCAUGAUGCUUUUCCUCGGUGGUGCAGGCCAUCACGUCUCCGAGCUCCAGCCGUGGCAUAUUGAGAAGUUGAUGAAGUUUGGGUAUGCUAGUCAAGUGGUCUACGCUGUGUCUCUUGGGUCACUUAAGAUCAGCAUCUGCUGGAUGCUUCAACGCAUCUUCUUUGUCCGCCCGUUCAAGACUCAGUUCAUUAACCAGCGACUGCCUGGUCAACAGAUUGCGGCUUGGGCAACCAUGGGCUUAUGCAUUGCUUGGACUUUGAUGACGAUUCUCAUUGGGUUACUUAUCUGCAGACCCAUCGCAAUGCAAUGGAAUCCAACGAUUCCAGGGGGAGUUUGCGGUGAUCAGAUUACAGCUUUUGCUGCUGUGGGCGUGGUCGAUGUUAUCGUCGAUCUGAUCAUCUUCAUUCUGCCUAUCCCUAUGGUGCUUAAGCUCCAAGUUUCCAGUGCGCACCGAAUCGCACUCAUAGGCAUCUUCGGGGCCGGUAUCCUGACAAUCAUUUUCGGAGCCCUGCGGCUUGCUUCGGUAUUCAGCGUCGACUUCCUUGACUUCUCCUUUACAUCGCCGAACGCUAUGGUGUGGAGCUCAGCUGAAAUGGGCGUCGCACUCAUGGUAUCGUCGUCACCGAUCCUCCGGCCCGUCUUUGACCGCAUCUUUGGCCGAUUCAUCAGUACCCUUCGAUCGAGUGCAGACCGAACCAAUCCCCAUGCGAAAUACUACAAUGGUGGCAAGUCUGGAGCGACGGGACCUCGUACGUUCAUCUCAGCCUCAAAGCCUCACUCCCGAGGGGCUGGUGGGUUCAUGGUCAUGACCGACUCGGAAGAGAACCUUGAGAUGGAUGAUAUGCAUAAAGAGACGGACAGUAAGGUCAUCGGGGGAAGGAAAGCGAGCCAUAGGCGUUCCGAGUUUGGCGAAAUGCAGGGCGGGCGUGCUAUGAGAGAUGAUGAGUCGACGGAUAAAACUUUUGUUCGCACAGAAAUCGUCCAGAAGACGGAUUGA